UGAUAAACUUAAUAUUUCAGUUAUUAUAGUUGAUAAGUGUGUAAGUUUUCAAUACUAUUAUUCAGACCUCUGAACUUUACUGAAAACACCGGAAAGAGCGUUUUGUUAAAGUGAAAGUAAAAACACAUUUCAGGAUGCGCUUGUUUCAUGAACUGUUAAGAGACGAAAGAGACAUUUACAAUGAAGAGGAGAUCAGACUCAUGAAGAGUGACGCGUCUAUGGAUCCUUCAAUAGAUUUUAAAGGCGCAGACAUGAAACCUCACUUCAGAUCAGUUGAUCAGAUGAGAUCAGAUCCAGAGUUCAGCUGUGUGUCUAUGAAGAGUGAUGCGUCUAUGGGUCAGCCAUUCAACUUUAAGAGUGGAGAUACAAGACCUGAUGUCAGACCACUCGUAACAGAACCCAUCUGUCAGAAGAUGAAGUUUGAUCCGUUUGAGAAUCAACCACAACACUUCAAUGAAGACAUGAGUCCUGCUUUCAGUCAUGAGUCUAAACCUCCUGAAGUCCUCAACACAUUCAGAUCAAAUCUGAGGAAGAAGUUUGAGUGUUUGUGUGAAGGAACAUCAGAUGAGAGAAACCCAACACUGCUGAAUGAGAUCUACACAGAGCUCUACAUCACAGAGAGUGAAAGUGGAGAGAUCAGUAAUGAACAUGAGGUGAGACAGAUUGAGACACAAUCCAGGAGAACAGCAACAGAGGACACACCAAUCAAAUGCAAUGACAUCUUUAAAGCUUUACCUGCACAAGACAAACCCAUCAGAAGUGUGCUGACAAAGGGAGUCGCUGGCAUUGGAAAAACAGUCUCUGAAGGGAAAGAGAAUCAGGACGUCCACCUCAUAUUUCCACUUCCUUUCAGAGAGAUCAAUCUGAUGAAGAACCAAACACUCAGUCUUUUACAUCUUCUUCAUCUUUUCUUCCCAGAGACAAAAGAAAUGGAAAUCUCCAGCGGUGAAUAUAAAGUGUUGUUCAUCUUUGAUGGUUUGGAUGAGUGUCGUGUGUCUCUGGAUUUUCACAGCAGUGUGAGGUUGUGUGAUGUCAGUGAAUCAGCCUCAGUGGACGUGAUCCUGACAAACCUCAUGAAGGGGAAUCUGCUUCCCUCUGCUCUCAUCUGGAUCACCUCCAGACCAGCAGCAGCUGAUCUCAUCCCCUCUGAGUGUGUUGAUCGAGUCACAGAGGUACGAGGCUUCACUGACAAACAGAAGGAGGAAUACUUCAGCAAGAGAAUCAGUGAUGAGAGUCUGAACAACAGAAUCAUCUCACACCUGAAGUCAUCCAGGAGCCUCUACAUCAUGUGUCACAUCCCAGUGUUCUGCUGGAUUUCAGCCACUGUUCUAGAGAGAAUGUUGAGUGAAGCAGAGAGUGAAGGAGAGAUCCCCAAGACUCUCACUCAAAUGUACACACACUUCCUGAUCAUUCAGACAAACAUCAAACAUCAGAAGGACUAUGAGAAGAAAGUGAAGAAUGAUGAAGACAUGAUCUUCAAACUGGCCAAACUGUCUUUUGAGCAGCUUGUGAAAGGGAACCUGAUCUUCUAUGAUGAGGACCUGAGAGAGUGUGGCAUUGAUGUAGCAGAAGCAUCAGUGUACUCAGGAUUGUGCACUCAGAUCUUCAGAGAGGAGUUUGGCUUGUAUCAGGGGAAAGUUUACUGCUUUGUUCAUCUGAGCGUUCAGGAACAUCUCGCAGCUCUUUAUGCUCACAUCUCCAUCACAAACAACAAGAGAAAUGUGUUUAAUAAAACUAGAAAAUCACCUCAAGUAAAGACGUCAAUAUCUGAGCUGCAUCAGAGAGCUGUAGAUGAGUCUCUACGGAGUAAAAAUGGACAUCUGGAUCUUUUUCUUCGUUUUCUUCUGGGUUUGUCUCUGGAGUCUAAUCAAAAUCUUCUAGGAGGUUUGAUGACACAGACAGUAAGAAGCUCUCACAGCAAUGAGAAAACAGUCGAGUAUAUCAAAGAGAAUAUCAGCAGCACUGGCUCUACAGAGAAAUACAUCAAUCUGUUUCACUGUCUGAAUGAACUGGGUGAUGGUUCACUAGUGGAGGAAAUCCAACAUCAUCUGAAAUCUGGAAGAUUAAGUCAAACCAAACUGUCUUCAUCUCAGUGGUCAGCUGUAGCUUUUGUGUUGUUGACAUCAGAACACGAGCUGAAUGAGUUUAAACUCUAUGAAUAUGUGAAAACAGGAAACAAAGCUGAAGUUCAGAAGGUUAUCAAGUAUCUGCUGCCUGUGAUUCGUGAAUCCAGAUCAGUUCAGUUGUGUGAUUGUAAUAUGACAGAUGAAGGUUGUGUUUCUCGGAGUUCAGCCUUGAGAUCAAACCCCUCACACCUGAGACAUCUGGAUCUGUCUGAUAAUAAUGUAGGAGAUUCAGGACUGAAGCUGAUCUCUACUGUACUGGAGAAUCCUCACUGUAAACUGAAGACACUGAAGUUGAGUCAGUGUAAGAUCACAGAUGAAGGUUGUUUUGCUCUGACUUCACAUCACACUCUAGGAGAUUCAGAAGUGAAGCUGAUCUGUGAUGUACUGGAGAAUCCUCACUGUAAACUGGACACACUGGAGUUGAGUCAGUGUAAGAUCACAGAUGAAGGUUGUGUUGCUCUGACUUCAGCUCUGAGAUCAAACCCCUCACACCUGAGACAUCUGGAUCUGUCUGAUAAUAAUGUAGGAGAUUCAGGAGUGAAGCUGAUCUCUACUGUACUGGAGAAUCCUCACUGUAAACUGGAGACACUGACGUUGAUCAAGUGUAAGAUCACAGAUGAAGGUUGUGUUGCUCUGACUUCAGCUCUGAGAUCAAACCCCUCACACCUGAGACAUCUGGAUCUGUCUCAUAAUAAUGUAGGAGAUUCAGGAGUGAAGCUGAUCUCUACUGUACUGGAGAAUCCUCACUGUAAACUGGAGACACUGAAGUUGUGGAGGUGUAAGAUCACAGAUGAAGGUUGUGUUGCUCUGACUUCAGCUCUGAGAUCAAACCCCUCACACCUGAGACAUCUGGAUCUGUCUUAUAAUAACGUAGAAUAUUCAGUAAAGAAGCUUCUCUGUGAGCUGAGAGAUGAUCCACAUUAUAAACUAGAGACAGUGUGGUGAGUAGAGAUCAUUUAAAUAAAUGUUUCAACAGUUUAUCAACUAUAAAAACUUAAAUAAAAAUUAUACAAAUAAAUGGAAAUUAGUCUGGUGCUGUUAUAAAAUCAGUGUAUCUGUGUAUCUGAUCAAAUCAUCAUCAUCAUCAUCAGAGGUGUGCAGUGAGUGAAAGUCUUGAGUGCUUCAGACACUGCAGAAUACUGACAGACUGUAGAAAUAACAACACACAAUAUAUACACAAAACAUCUACACAAUAAAGUGACAGAUGACACAUAUAAUACAGGUUAUAAAUUCAACAGAGGAAGAUUAAAGUGAGUUUAUAAUUUGUUGAUAUGUGUCAGGAUCCAGGAUGUCACUGUCUCCUGGUGUGAUGUUUCCCAGUGUCAUUGUUUUUACCUGUUCCUCAUUUGUCCCCUGUGUAUUUAAGUUGGUCCCUGUUCUCUGUCUCGUUGCUGUCUUUGAUGUUUUAUAGCCAAGUUCCCCAGUCUCGAGUGGUGUUUCUUUGUGUGCAUUGUCUACUGUUGUUUUUUGGAGUUAUUAGAACAUUUUUAUUUUUUUGGAUCUUCCUCUUCGGAGUUGUUUAGGUUUGGAUUACCAGCAUUUUUUGUUAAGAUUCUUUAAGAGAACUUAAUUUUUUGCUUGGCCUAUACGGAGUUGUUUUUGUUACCCUUCCUUCCUGAGCCUCAUGGAUUACUGUAACACAUCUCCAUAAAAGGGAAGGAAGGAGUCGGGAACCGGAAGACAUUUUAAACAUUUAAUAAAUUAAUAUAACAGCCGGCGGCCCCUCACGGACGACCGCCGGCGAACAAAACAUAAUAUAAAUAUACAUACAAACAUAACACAAGUUCGGGCCCGGUCCUCUCUCUUCGACGGUCCGGUCGCUCGUUCCUUUUAUAUGCUCCCAUCUCCUACGUGAUUCGAGGCUGGUGUGGGCACAGCUGGCGCUAAUUCCCAAUUACUCACCGGACUCGAACCACGGUCUCGCCCCGCCUACUCUACUACAAUUACAUUGUCUUCUGGGACGUUAUUUUAUUCAAGCCUCUGUGUGUGUGUCUCACUCUGGGUUCCCCAUUCCUCGGUGGCUACGGUGUUAAGUGUUCACUCACAACACCGGAGAACCCAGUUCGAGUCCCGGCCCUGACAGAAAUACUGAUCAACGAGACAGGGAACAGGGACCAACUUAAAUAUACAGGGGACAUAUGAGGAACAGGUUGAAAACAAUGACACUUGGGAAACAUAACACAAGGAGACAGUGACAUCCAGUGGCUGGAAACCGAAACAACAGUCCCAAAUCCUGACAAUAUGUGUAAAAGGAAGAUGGUGGCGGUCAUUCAUUUACCUUUGUGCUGAGGAACCUGAGAGAGUCUCCCGGUCCCUGCAGCGGAUCGGCGCAGUGACGUGGCUUGAAGACACAAGGUCUCGUUCCCUCCAUCAGGGAACCGAGGUUACAUACGUAACCGAGACGUUCCACUUCAGUCGGUCUCUCGACGUUGUGUUGAGAGACAGACUGGGGAAGUAUCUACACACGCCACGGCACACGCCGUAUUACGACCUCCAGCGGAGCGACAGUGACUGGCCUGGCGAGUCAACUGCGAACUACACGCGAGAUGUAAUCUUCCAAUGGAUUCAGUAUCAGACAUACUGAGAAGUUUCUACUGACGGUCAUCACAGAAGGUGGCGUUACCUCAGUAACGAGGUCCCUUCUGGGCCGCACUGGGGAAAACACUACUCUUCUCUUGGAGAGUGUGUUGCAGAGCCCACAUCCUACCACGUAGGGAGGUAUAUGUGGAAGUAAGAAGCAUGGUCGUCCCAUAAGGUGAGCGCAUGCAGGAAUGUGUCCACCCGACUCGGGAAACAGUAUACACGGUGGAAGCCACCGGAGGGGAGGUCACAGAUUCGCCAAUGGGGAAGCAUGAGGAAUCUACAUACGGGACCACCUUUCAGGGGGGCACUACGUAUGGGGCAUCUAGUCCAAGUAUAGGGUUCCACCUGAGUAGGGGUGACUCUACCAGUACUGGACCUGGUUCUAACAGAUCGCUCCGCCCGAUCUAUUACCAAAUGCAAUGCUUAGUGAUGGAUGGAAUGCCUAUACUUCGCCCUAAGGGGGGAAUAGUAGGGAUGCUAUAGUGCAGAGGGGCGAGGCUGUUGGGAAGCAGGCGGUGCUCGGGGACGUGAUGACCUAUGGGUGGUCAUGCCGCGGCGGGGCAAUAUCUGUUGUAUCGCCUCCGUCUGCUUCUGCACCGCGCAGAACUGUUGUGCCACGCUCUCCACGGUGUCACCAAACAGCCCUGCUUGCGAAAUGGGCGCGUCCAGAAGGAGGGCCUUCUGGACUUCGCUCAUCUGCGCAAGGUUUAACCACAGAUGCCUCUCUUGGGCCACCAUAGUGGACAUCGACCGACCCAACGCCCUUGCCGUGGCCUUCGUCGCUCGGAGCGCGAGGUCAGUGGCAGUGCGCAGUUCGCUCAUGCGAGCGGGGUCGGGCUUCCCCUCAUCCAGGUCCUUCAGUACUUUAGCCUGAAAGACCCGGAGGAUCGCCAUGUCGUUAUAAGCCUUCGACACCAGGGUCGAAGAAAGCCUACACUUUCUGGACAAGAGUCUAGGUCGACCUCUCCAGGCGAAGGGGGGGUUGGUCGACCUCUCCAGGCGGCAGCCGUCUGCGGGCAUAAGUGCCACUGUAACCGCUACAGCACGCUCCACCUGGGGAAUGUCAACAUAGCCUCGGGUCGCUCCGCCAUCCAGGGAAGUCACAGCUGCCGAGCUCACGAGUGUGAAACGCCGAGAAGGGUGCAUUCCACAACCUCGUGAGCUCCUCAUGUACCUCCGGGAAGAACGGCACCGGGGUGGUUCGGGGUUUUUCACCCCGACCCGUACCCAAGAACCAUUCGUCCAGCCACGAGUGCUUCGGGGAGGGCGGUGUAACGCACUGCAACCCGAUGCUCACGGCUGUCCAGGCUAACAUGGCCGACAUUUCCGGGUCGGUCCCAUCACAAGCUCUACCGCUCGGAAAGAUCGUCCCCGUCAGAUGCCAGUAGACAGCUGUCCGAUGCCGCUACAGAGAUCUCGUCCUCAUUCUGCCUAUGAGUCUUCACGCUAUGGAACGGUCUACCGCCGCCCAUCGGGGACGCACCAGGUGAGCGAACUGGGGUAUGGGCGGUUCGCCGAGCCGGAACUGGCGAAGCGACAUCCAUAGCAGUCCCCAUAUCACCCCCGCUGCUCGUCGCGGCGGUCAACUUCGCCGAAGCGCCAGCCGAACUCGCAUGACAAACGAGCGGGUUGGCAGCAACAGUUCCGAAGGACGCUGCCAACCGUGACCGCAACACCUUGAUAGACAUGUCCUCGCAGACCGAACAUGUCGUAUCAACGAAACCGGCCUCAGCAUGUUGGACGCCCAAACAUGUGACGCAGGCUUCAUGGCCGUCUGACUCGGGAAUGAGUCUGCUGCACCCAAGGAUACAGCUGCGAGACAUGCUCACAGCUGUAGGAAAUUUGCUCUUUUAGCAAGGCUCUGUGGAGGUUUGCCGGGAGGUCGAAGGGAAGACCGUCUUCACACCAGGGGAUCCGCUGCUUCCUCGUCGUGCCGGCAGGAAAAGAAAGACUCUCCCUAAGAAAGAUAUUCCGCAACAUGAAUUGCGAGGUUCCGAAGAACAAAAGGUAAAUGAAUGACUGCCGCCAUCUUCCUUUUAUACCCGUAUGUACGGGGCGGAGACUGGCGUGGGCGGACCAUUGGCCAAUCCUAUUGGCGUUUAGAAAUUCCUCUCGGAAAUGAUUGGUUCUCAAGAUCAAACCCAAGUCUGUCUCUCAACACAACGUCGAGAGACCGACUGAAGGGGAACAAUCAUUCACACAUUCAGUUUCAUAAUCCUGUGAUAGUCUUGAUGAAGUGACUGAAAAACUUCUUCAACAAAAGAAAAUGAUGUUACACAAUAUUGUCAGGACAGUAAACACACACAAAUGUUGUGUAAACUCCAGUAGAUUUGAAUCAAAUAGAGCAAAUCUAGUGUGUGUGUUCAGAGAUGUACAGUAAAGAUCAUCAUGUGUGUGACUCACUUUAUCAACCAAUAAAACAAAUGAAUUUAAGCGUCAAAACAUCUGAAGAAGGAUCAGAAAUAGAAAGAGAUUCACAUGAACAUGAUAUUAAAGGGAUACUUCACCCAAAAAAGAAAAUUCUGUCAUCAAUUACUAAAUGUUAAUUAAAUGUCUUUAUUCUUUUGAACAUGAAGAUAUUUGGAACAAUGUGACUCUAAUUUUUCCUAUAAUAGUAGUCAAUUGUGCCCCAUAACUGAUAGUUGCUAACAACAAAACAUCUCACUUUGUGUUCAACAGAAUAAAGACAUUUGUACAGGUUUUGAGGGCGAGUAAAUGACAGAAUAGUUAACAGAUUUUCUGUCCAAACCAUCAAACUGACAUUAUCAGAGAUGGAUCAUCACUUCAGAACAGAAGUAUAUUCACAGAUGACACAGAUGACAUAGUCUACAGUUAAAUUGAACAAUUCUAUUGAUUGUGUAUAUUGUGUAUGUAUAGUAUACUCUGUGUGUAUUUGUAUCAUUUAUAUCAUCAGAUUGUUUUUAUAUAAAUUGUUAAAAACAUUCUCAAUGUCAUGUUUAAUAUAAUAAAACUGUGUCUUUUAUUUGA